UAACGCGGGUUCCGCGGGCGCGUUAAUUAAACAUGCUCACGGCCGAAGAGCGGUGCGCGUUAACUACAGUACAUACGCUCUGUGUCGGCAGUGGAAUCUCCCAGACGUCAGUCAGCAGAUAACACCUUCACCAUCCUCCUUCGGGGAAGCAAGAGCUUGGGCUACCAACUCUGAGCUGUAGACUUCUAACCUCAGCAUCCUGAUUUUGUACUGCUUUUGGGAAGAUGAAUCAGGACGGUGACUCAAGUGAUCAGCCCACUGAUUCUUCCACUGGUGGUGCUGGUGCAGAAAGUGAAUCCGAAUGUGUGACUGAAGAACUGGAGGAACAAGCCAGGACUCACUCCUAUUGCUGAAAGCCCUUCAGCUUCUCUGGACAAAGAAAGAGAUGAAGAAGUACAUGUACCAUGCGGUGAAAGGUCCUGUGUGGGUACUGAAGGAUGCCGCUUCUUCACCCUGCCAACCCUCCGAGCUCCUUGGAAACUACUUCUAAUCAGCUCAAGGAAGAAAUCAGGCGGGGCUUUGCAGGACUGGAGGACCCAUUGGCAGGACUGCUGGACAUGCUGGAGAGCAGCAGUGACUGGAAGGGGAAAGGGCAUUCCCUCGGGUAUUACAUCACCACUGAGUUGCAGCUUUGGAUAAAAGAGCAUCCUGCUGUUCAACAGUAUGGCAUCAAGCUGGAGGAGCUGCAGGCUCGUGUACUCAGAAUACUAGCCCAGUGCCCAGCUAAUCUUCUUGACCCUCUGAUUAGCAUUUACCAGCUCCAUACAGCAGACCGGAACUCUUUGCUUGGACAUGUCAGUCAUCUUUAUCACAAGGGCGAUUACAAAGAGGCAGCCAUGCUGAGUAUUAAGCUAAAAUUACAGCCAGAUCAAGAUGUGGAGAAGAUGUGUACACCGCUGCUGCUCCAAGAUAAGACUAACUUGGUGGAAGAUUAUGUGGGAGAAUAUCCUGAGCUCCAGAGCAAGCUCUUGCAGAUCCUGGACACAUGGUGUGAACCUGGUUUUAAUAUCAGAGACGUCACAAGUCAAUAUCAAGGCCUGUCCAGGUACAAACCAGAUAAAUUUAACCGCAAAAUGCUAAGCAAGCUGGUCUUCAGGCUCCUAGACCGAUUUAACGUAGAUCCAGCUCUCUGCCCUAAUGUCAUAAAUCAGCGGCACUUGAGAACUCUGAAUUACCUCUUUUACAAGAGGUUUGUUGAGAAAACCAUGACUCAGGAGAAUUGGACAGAUCAUGUUCAGAGCACAGUUGGAGAGAAUCGAUGGCUUCAAGGGCACCUGGUACAGUUGCUAAUCAGUCACUGUGAUUUAAACACCGCAGCAAGAUGGGCACAACACUUCAAUUUGCCCAAGGAGAUGCUACCUUAUGGAGUGGCUGAUGAGCUUCAGAAGCUUCAGAUCCAAGAGAGGGUAGAAGAGGCUGCAAAAGCAGAUAAUUAUGAAGAGAAUAAGAAGAAAGACUAUUACCAGCUUCCUAUUCCACGGGCAAAUAUUCACUUCCUGCAGACCUGGGAAGAGACACUGCAGUGCUGGGAAAAGGUGCUGCGGCCUGGGCAGGUUGUUGGCAUUGACAUGGAGUGGAGGCCUUCAUUCGGCAUGGUCGGGAAGCCCCGUGUCUCCCUUCUUCAAAUUGCUCUGAAGGAUGAGGUGUUCCUGCUUGACUUGCCACGGCUCCUUGAGCAAGCCGAGACGGAGGGUGAAAAGGACAAACUUCCCCACUUCAUCCAGAUUCUCUAUUCGGAUGCAGCCAUUACUAAACUGGGUUAUGGGAUGUCUGGAGACCUUAGCAGCCUUGCAGCCACAUGGUCUGCUUUGAAAGACACAAAUAAGCAGGCGCAAGGUGUGGUGGACCUACUCACAGUAGACAAACAACUGCAAAAGAGCUCCAUUGACUGGAAGAAGGGUGGCCGGAAGGUCAAUGUACUGUCCCCAGAGCAGAGCUAUGAUGAUAGAGAGUUCAAGCAGCCAGAGAAAGGACUCAGCCUCUUGGUGCAACAUGUGCUGGGGAAGCCUCUAGAUAAAACAGAGCAGCUGUCUAACUGGGAGAAACGGCCUCUCCGGGAGGAACAGAUCCUCUAUGCAGCUUCAGAUGCGUACUGUUUGCUGGAGAUCUACGAGAAACUCUGUAAGGAUCCAGAGAGCUUUGGUCUGAGUUCAGACCUGUCUGAGAGUCUGGUGGGAAAACCAAUCAUAAAAUCCAGGGCAAAGAAGCAGCUGAAUAAACAAGAAGUACCAUCACCUUCUGGACAGCAAUGCAAAGGAUCCAAAAAGGAGACUUCAUGUCCCCCUGCUCCCAUCUCCUCAAAGGAGUUCAGCGUGGUCUGCGAUAACAUGCUGCAAGGCCUCGGGCGCUAUCUUCGCUGCCUGGGUGUAGAUGUCCGGAUGCUGGAGAACGACGAUGACCAUAGGAAAGCUGCAGAGAUUGCUCGACAGGAAGGAAGAGUCAUUUUAACCUCUGGACUCCCAUAUCAGACUCUGCAGUCCCAGGUAGCAGAAGGAAGGUGUUUCUCUGUGAACUGCUCAGAAAAGGCAAAAGAACAGGCCAUGCAAGUUCUGAAGCACUUCAACGUUCAAGUAUCCCUGGCGGAUAUCUUCAGCCGCUGCCAGGUCUGGGGCUGGUGCCCACCCCGGGGACAAGCGUGCACGCUCGGACAACGCUGCGCAUCUCCCACACUGGACCCGAGUGCACUGGAUGUGUGGAGCUGGGGAGAAGCUCCGAGGAGCCAGGCUGGGCUGAAGGCACUGGGCAAACCCUCCUGGCCGCUCCUCUCCCACAGCUGCAGCAAGUUUGACAGUGCUCUGCCUGCCUCUCGCCGGAGAGCACCAACCUCUGCAGGACCUAUGGGAUUCAGAUGGCACUGGGAAGCCCAGGGACAGCGGCCAAGGGGACAAGGGUCCCAACUCAGCUCCGCGCUUCUCCUCUGCACCAGCUCUCCCUCCUCCUGCUUCAUUCGCCCCAGCUGCUGGGUGUGCAACUGCGACAAGUACCUGAAGGUCUCGAGGGAGAGGAUGAGGCAGCUGGUGGAGGGCAGCAGGCAGGCUCCCAGAAACAGCAGCACAGGCUGCCUGGUGCAGUGUGAGGAGAAGCCCAGCCAGAGCUGUGGUACCACCGUGCCAGCUUGUGACACAGCCCAGCCCGGCUACACCCCGCACAGUGAGUGGCUGGAGGGGCCGGAGCAGCGUGGGGCACCUGCAGCGCUGGCAGAGGGCACGGUCCUGCAGGUCACUGCCAUCCCCCCUGGGGUGCUGGACAAAGCCGAGCUCACCGACUUCUACUGCUGCACCCGCUGCGGGAAGGUGUUUUGGGAAGGGUCCCAUUUUGGACGUGUCGUUUCCCAGUUUCAGGAUGUUCUUGUCGAUGCUGGGAAUGAGCAGAGCAUCUAUGAGCUGAGCUGAGAGGGGCCGUGGGGGCUCCGUGGUGGGAUGGGGACAGCAGAGGAUGCACUGCCUGGUGAACCUCAGCAGAUUUUGGGCCGUGGGUUUGCGGGGCAAGGCUGGAAGUGGGGGGCUCUCAUUUUGGGGUAUUCCGUGGAGGGGAGUGUCACAUUUGCACUGAUGAUUCACGACAGCCCAAAUAUACAUGGCCUCCGUGAGAUCAUUAAAUCAGAGGUGGCUGGGGAA